GCGUGUGUUAGUGUGUGACGCGCCGUGUGGGCGUGUCGGUGCGACGCGCUGUGUGUUGGGUGGGCGAGCCCUCCAACACGGGCCACACACCGCCACAGUCGCUGUGGUCGUGACCCAGGGGUUUCCUGCCGCUCUUACGCCGCUCCACAGCGACGACGACGCUGCUGCUGCUGCUGCCGCUGCCGCGGCUAUUGCAAGUGCUCUCUCCCUUGCUGCAGGAGCUAUGUCGAAGGGUGUGCCUGAGAUUGUGAAGGGGCAAGUGUUUGAGGUGGGCCCAAGGUACACGGGGCUCACCUACAUUGGAGAGGGAGCCUACGGCAUGGUCUGCUCUGCGCUGGACAGGUGUAGCGGUGUGCGUGUGGCCAUCAAGAAGGUGAGCCCCUUCGAGCAUCAAACCUACAGCCAGCGGACACUGCGUGAGAUCAAGAUCCUGCUGGGCUUCGCUCACGAGAACAUCAUCGCCAUCAGGGAUGUGCUGCGUGCACCUAGCCUGGCACUCAUGAAGGACGUCUACAUGGUGCAGGACCUGAUGGAGACGGACCUCUACAAGUUGCUUCGCUCGCAGCGCCUGAGCGCGGAGCAUGCCUGCUACUUCCUGUACCAGCUGCUGCGGGGACUCAAGUACGUCCACUCGGCCAACGUCCUUCACCGGGACCUCAAGCCCUCCAACCUGCUGGUCAACACAACCUGUGACCUCAAGGUAGACACGGGGAGACACGGGGAGACACUCACGGUGAGACACGGUGAGACACUCAAGUAUGUCCACUCGGCCAACGUCCUUCACCGGGACCUCAAGCCCUCCAACCUGCUGGUCAACACUACCUGUGACCUCAAGAUCUGCGACUUUGGGCUGGCGAGGGUGGCGGAUCCAGAGCACGACCACACGGGAUUCCUGACGGAGUACGUAGCGACUCGCUGGUACCGUGCCCCUGAAGUGAUGCUCAACUCUAAGGGCUACAGCAAGGCUAUUGACACGUGGUCUGUGGGCUGCAUUCUGGCGGAGAUGUUUGGGGGCAAACCGCUGUUCCCCGGCAAGCACUACCUGGAUCAGCUCAACCAGAUCCUCGCCGUGCUGGGAUCUCCCUCCGCCGGCGAUCUGAGCUGCAUCAUGAACCCCAAGGCCCGGAACUACAUCCAGUCCCUCCCUGGCAAGCCCAAGGUCGAGUGGAGGAAGCUUUACCCCAGCGCUAGCGCGGACGCGCUGGACUUGCUGGACAAGAUGCUGGCGUUCAACCCCGACCAGCGGAUCUCCGUGGAGAAAGCCCUUGAGCACCCUUACCUGCAGCAGUACUACGAUCCUACUGAUGAGCCCGUGGCCGAGGCCCCGUUCAAGUUCGCCAUGGAGCUGGAUGACCUCCCCAAGGAGCAGCUGAAGCAGAUGAUAUACGACGAGACACAGCGCUUCCAGCCACACACGCACCACCACACCACCACCACCGCCACCACCGCCACCACCGCCACCACCGCCACCACCCGCUAGGGCCGGGAGGGAGGGUGGCCACCAUGGUAAAUGUCGGGGUGUGGUUGGGAGGCUGAAGGUGCCACCUAGCCUGGCACAAACAGCGCGGGGUGGAGCGGGUGGGUGAGUGGUGGGUGAGGUGUCCGUACCGCCCGCUCAGCACUCACACACACUCACACACACACACUCACUCAUCCACUC